AUCGAUGGCUGCAAAUAUCGAUUUCUUAUGUCUGUAUUUUUUUUAUUCUCAGUGGCCGAUUACUAAGGUCUGUUAUCAAAAUGGCGGCAACCGCGGCAACGAAUCCUUCGCAGCUUUUACCUCUCGAGCUGGUGGAUAAAUGCAUCGGUUCACGAAUUCACAUCGUCAUGAAGAAUGAUAAAGAGAUUGUGGGAACUCUGCUUGGAUUUGAUGACUUUGUCAACAUGGUUCUUGAGGAUGUGACAGAGUUUGAAAUCACUCCAGAAGGAAGAAGAAUCACAAAACUGGAUCAAAUUCUACUCAAUGGCAAUAACAUCACAAUGUUGAUUCCAGGAGGAGAAGGACCAGAAGUUUGAGAAAUAUGUAGCACCUUCCAAAAAAAUAUAUAGAUUUAUGUUCCCGUUUCAUGAAAGAAACCUGAAAAUUGAUCACUUAUUGUUUUCAAACAUUCAUUUUCAUUUUAUAAGGGGAGUUUUUCCACAUUAGUUAUUUCUGUUCUUUAAGUGAUCCAAAACGUUUUUGUAAAAAAAUAUUGCUUGUUACAAUAAAACAGAUCAAAUGAA